AUGUCGGCGUCCGAUGCGAAGGUGCUCUCCACCGAGCCUCUGAUGAUCAGAGACGCAAAGUGGACGACCCUCAUCAAAACCACCUACACUGAUCCGAAUGGGAAAGAGCGGACUUGGGAGUCGGCGCAGCGCCAGACCCGCCCUAAGAACUCCCUCAUCGACGGCGUCGGCAUCGUAGCCAUCCUCGAGAAAUCUACCGGUCCCGAACUUCUCCUGCAGAAGCAAUUUCGACCCCCUAUCGACAAGGUCACCAUCGAGGUGCCAGCCGGCCUCGUCGAUGAGGGGGAGAGCCCGGAGACAUGCGCAUUGAGGGAGCUGAAGGAAGAGACGGGAUACGUGGGAGAAACUGCGGGCGAAGGGUUUGGCGUUAGUCCUGUGAUGUUCAAUGACCCGGGCUUCUGCAACACCAACCUCAACAUGAUACACGUCACCGUCGACAUGUCAAAGCCUGAGAACAAGGCACCGAAGCCGGAGCUCGAGGAGAACGAAUUCAUCGAAUGCUUCUCGGUACCGCUAAAGGAUCUGUAUGCGCAGUGCAGGCAGCUAGAGAACGAGGGCUUUGCUAUAGACGCUAGGGUAGGUACUCUAGCAGAAGGCAUAGAGAUCGCAAGGCGAUGGAAGUUGUGA